AUACCGACGAUGAUAAUUAUAGGCCAUCAAAAAGAACUAGAGCUGAUUUUAGGCCUCCCAACAACACAAGAAGCUUUGAUGAUACUGAUGCAAUGCAAAGUUCUCCUGGCAGAUCGCAACGAGGACAUUCAAGAGAGGAUGUUCCCAUGACGGAUCAAACAGAUGAUGACCCAUAUGAGGUGUGGAGUUACCCUAGCUUAAAUAAUCUAGCUUUUGCAAAGAACUGA